CUGAAAGCAACCUUCCCCGCGACUUUUUUUGUUGCGACAACAUCAACCAUCACUCACUCGCUUUUGUCGCCAACGCGUCCACGAGAAUCUGUCGAAUAAGCGCAGGACUUUCUUUUACUUCUCGAAUAACUCGAGCCGCGCGCGCUAGUAGUGUGAGGGUUUCGAGCUCCCGCGCGCCCGAAAGCAAGUCUCCAGGCUUGAGAAAGAGUUACACGAGACCAACAAGUCAAGCUCAACAUGGCGACGCUCGAGCAGGAGUUGCUGGCAGAUUUUGCCGACUCAGGGUCAGAAGGCGGCUUCGACGCAAACGAUGACCUUGCCGAUCUCGAGAAGGACUUUGGUGCAGACGGCGGCGACGAUGACGCACCAGAUGGCGAGGACGACGAGAUGGUCGAUGAAGAGGCGGAGUACGCAGCCGAGCAGCAGAAGAAGAAGUCAAAGGGUCCCGCCGACAUACGGAAUGCGUCAAACCUCGUGGCCAAGCUGCGACGGGUGUUAAAGGAGAUCGAGGACACAAAGGAUAGCAUGGAUGGUCUGCUGGAUGGGGAGUCGAUUGAGGAGAACCCCGAAUACGUGCUGUUGAAGGAGGCGAACGAAUACUCGACGCAGAUUGAUGGAGAGAUCUCGGCGGUGCACAAGUUCAUUCGGGAUCACUACUCAAUAAGGUUUCCAUAUCUCGAGGAGCUCAUCAAGAACCCCGUGGACUAUGCGAAAACCGUCGCUAUCAUCAAGAACGGACCCCUGGAUGAUAUCAAAGGCAUAUCGCAGAGCUCGGACAACCUGGUCGGAGUGCCGCUGAAGAGCAUCUUGGAUGGACCCUCCCUCAUGGUCGUCACGGUCGAAGCAACACGUGCCAUUGGCCGCGAUCUCAACGACGCCGAGUUGGAUCAGAUUCUCAGCUCCUGCAAGAUGCUACUAGAUCUCGACAAGGCCAAGCACAUCCUCACAGAAUACGUCCAAUCCCGCAUGAACGUCUUCGCACCGAACCUCACGACCCUGAUCGGCUCCCUCACCGCAGCCCAACUCAUCAACUACGCCGGCGGCCUCACUGGUCUCGCAAAGACACCCGCCUGCAACAUCCCACCCCUAGGCUCCAACAAAGCCACCGGCCUCGGCUUCGCAACCAACGUCGGCAUCCGCCACCAAGGCUUCCUCUACCACAGCCCCAUCAUCCAGACCAUCCGACAGGACCUCAAGAAGCAAGCGAUGCGCAUCGUCGCCAACAAAGUCAUCCUCGCCGCGCGCGUAGACAUGGUCCACGAAUCCUCCGACGGCUCCCUAGGCCAACAACUCAAAGACGACUGCGAGCGCCGCCUCGACAAGCUCACGGAACCGCCCCCCAACAAAGGCGUCCGCGCCCUGCCCGCGCCAGACGACAAGCCCGCCCGCAAGCGCGGAGGCCGCCGCGCCCGCAAAGCCAAAGAAGCAACCGCCAUGACGGAGAUCCGCAAGGCGCAGAACCGCAUGGCGUUCGGCAAGGAGGAAAAGGAAGCCGGCUACGGCACCGGCGACUCGACGGUCGGCAUGGGCAUGAUCGGCGCGACCGACACGGGGCGUCUCCGCGCGCAGCAGAUCGACCAGCGCACGCGCGCGAAGCUGUCAAAGAAGAACCCGGGCUGGGGCGGCGAGUCUUCCCUCGGCGCCGCGUCCUCGCUCAAGGGCUUCGGCCAGGGCGGCACCGCGACUACGCUGCGGGCUCAGGGCCUGCGGACUACGGGCGUCGGCGGCAACACGGGCACGAGUUCCAUCGCGUUUACCCCCGUCCAGGGCCUCGAGCUCGUGGACCCCCGGGCAAGAGACGAAAUGAACCGCAAGAGGAAAGCGGAGGAGGACCGCUGGUUCAAGGGCGGCACAUUCACACAGAUCGGAAACGGAGGGGCUCCCGCGAAGGUCGACAGCGCGGGCUUCAAGGUCCCCAGCCUCCCGAUCAAGAAGCAGAAAUUGGAGAACGGGGACGCGAAGUGAGAAAUGGAGGAUCUUUCGAUAUUGGCUUCUUAUGUUCUGCGGUUGUCUAUCUGCUGCCUUUGCCGGCUUUUUCCUUGCUAUCUGCGCACGCGUGUUUAAAACAGAUGCAUCACAUCACCUUUUCCCAUUUCUUUCUUUCUUUUCUUUCCGAUUUCUUCUCGCGGCAAGACAGGCGUUUCACACUUACUCAUGUUUCUUGGGGAAUCUUUCAAGGGGCGGGUGGCGAUACCAAAUGGGUUUUGCUCCACCAUCAUCGACUUUUGCAUGCAUUUAUCAUGGCGUUAACGUGGGCUGCCAAACAAUUGAGAAGGGGGGAUUUUAGCAUUGAGUACUACUUCGAUUCUGCAAAGUGGGAGUGAAAGGUAGAGGACAAACGCAGCAUGUCAGUUUACUUUUGCUCCGAGUGUAAUAUGAAAUGUAAAAGAUACGGC